UCCAUCUCCUCCAGCUCUAAGCUCCACUGCUUUACGUUGGGCAGAAAGGUGUUACACCGAGUCGGUCACAUAACAGGAGUUGUUCUUCCACCAACAAGGGCAGCAUUUCAUCAGAAACAGACCAGAGAGAUUCCAGACUUCCUAACACCUGAACCAUGUUGGCAAAAAAGCUGGUGACUGCACAGAAGCGAGGAGAGACGAGGGCCCUCUGUCUGGGACUGGGAAUGGUCGCAUGCUCCAUGAUGAUGUACUUCUUCAUUGGGAUUACAAUUGUGCCAUUCUACACCAAAAGUGUUUGGACAACAGAAACCAUAUGCAAGGUCCUCAAAGUCAACAUCAAGGACAAAGCCCUGUGCUCAAACAGCGAAGGCUCAGAGGAUGAAGAUAUCUUUCACUACCCUUGCCUACACGUGUGGGUUAAUCUGACGGCCUCAGGACAAGAGGUCAUGUUGUAUUACACUGAAGAUACCCUGGAAAGAAAUCCAAAGUGCUCGUAUGUCCCCGGCAACUCCGAGAACGCCAAAGAAGUGAAAGCAAAAAUAGAAGAAAUUGCAAACAAUUUCAAGAAGUAUCAGACCUUCCCGUGCUACUAUGACCCAGGAGGAAUGCAGACCAAUGUCAUUUUAAGCAGACUUUACCCCCCCAGAGGCCUCCUCUUCACUUUCCUUUGGCCCACGCUCAUGUUUACUGGUGGAUGUCUGAUUAUCGUCCUGGUAAAGAUCAGUCAGUAUGUUUCUGUUCUUUCUGCUCGGCAGUAGGAAGUAAAUAUCUGGCAAAGACUGUUGCUACGUAUUAAAGUGCCUUUGUUCUGUCCUGGCAUUUUGCGACUUUUCAGUACACCAGGAGUCAGUGUAAGGGCAGGCUUCCUAGGCAAACUGAACAAUGCUCACUGCAGAUGCAUGCUUAGCAGAAAGAUACAUUGAAGGUACGUUUGUUUCUAGCAUCAAGACUCCUGGUAAUGUUCUGAGGCACGUCUAGGUAGAUGCAUUUUCUGUUCUCUGAAAAUAGCCCUAAACCAAUUUCCAUCUUGCUACCAGACACAGGAAGAACAUAAGUUGCAUCCUGCAUGCUACAUUUGACUGGAACCUGGGCCACAACUAACACAAAUUUGUGCAUCAUUCACAGCGGACUGGUUUAUGAACCACUCAGGACCUGUCAUUCACAAGAAAAUGUCAGGGCACAGACAGAAAUCUAAAUUCAUGGAACUGCGGUUGUAAAAAUUUAAUGUGAUACAACUCUCUGUUGUUAUAAAACAAAAGGCUGAUAAGUUAAACAUUUA